UUUUCAAUUCAGCACUUCCGGGUGGAUGAAUGCGAAGAUCGGUUUUGCUUCUCGGCCGUGUCUCGAUAGAAAUGUCGGAAUAUGCUAGUUUGUCCAGAGAAGAAUUAAUCGCACGCCUGAGGUCCUUAACUCCCUCUCAAAAGUCAAGUGAUUACUCCCAUCUUCGCGAAGGGAAGAAACCAUUCGACUUCUCCAGGCAUCCCAGGCGGAAAGUAGCUCUUCGAUUCUGCUAUUUUGGGUGGAAUUACAGUGGGCUAACUAUACAAGAGGGCAACACUUUAAUGCCCACCGUGGAAUCCGUGCUUUUCAAUGCAUUGGCCAAGGCUCGGUUGGUAGAUCCAGCGGCUGGACUUGAAGGCUGUGGAUGGUCACGAUGCGGAAGAACUGAUCGUGGCGUCAGUGCGGCUGGUCAGGUUGUCUCUCUUUGGGUCAGAAGCAACAUUGGCUUUCGAAAAGCCAACAACACUCUGGAACAAGCAACACAGGGUAAUCCAUCUGUUGAAACUGCCGGGUCCCGAGAUCCUCCCGUCAUUGGAUCCGAAUUGGAUGGGUCCCCUUACGAUCAUGCACCAUUACAAGCUGAGAUCCCUUAUGUUCGCAAACUCAACCAGAUUCUCCCCUCAACUAUCCGUAUUCUCGCAUGGUCUCCCGUCUCCGAUGACUUUGACGCUCGUUUCUCAUGUAAAUAUCGUCAUUACAAGUACAUUUUCACGGCUGGAUCCAAUCCAUGCAACGACAUCCCACUUAUGCAACAUGCUGCUUCGAAAUUCCUCGGCGAGCAUGAUUUUCGGAAUUUUUGCAAACUGGACCCCACAAAGCAAAUUACCAACUACAAAAGAACAAUGUUGCAUUCCACUAUUGAGCAAUUUCGGCAUUACUCUGAUAGAGAUAACCCAAGGGAGUGGGGAAACACACUGCUUGCCCCACCAGGCGUGUACGUCUUUAAUCUGGUUGGCACUGCAUUCCUAUACCAUCAAGUGCGACAUAUGAUGGCCAUAUUAUUCCUCAUCGGUUCGGGUCUCGAGCACCCGGACGUCAUAGAUGCGCUGCUCAACGUUGGUCCCUCAGCUCAUGCCGAUCAGAGCACGUCAUCUGCCGUUCGACUCCCAAUCAUUGAAACAAAACCGGUAUACAGAAUCGCAGAUGCCCUGCCUUUGGUUCUGUGGGAUUGCUCUUUCGACUCAUCUGACGUUACGUGGAAAGACGAUUCCGGUGAUCCACUCCCACCCCUGCCUCCCUACAACCAACCACCUCCCUUCACGGUGCCACCCAUGCCUACAGAGUCAGAUUCAAAUCCUCCAGGAAUUCCCCGUUACGGAAAAGACAGCCUUGACUUAUUUCAUAAUUUACACAAGCAAUGGACAGAAAAUGUUAUUCGAACGUCCAUUGCCUCACUCUUCCUCCAAGCAUCUUGCACCUCGCCACGUCCCCGCCGUUCCCUCUCUCCACCACCCCAUCCAUCCGAAUACACGGACUCCUCAAGGCAGCCCCAAGAUGGUGAUGAGACGGACAAACGGGGAAAACUCCCACGCCGUCGCCGAAACUAUGAUUUGGGUGGCGGAGAAACCAGAGACGAGAUGCGGUACGUUCCUCUCUUAGAACGAGAACGGGGAGCCACUGUCGAAGAGAUUAAUAACCGGCGGAAGGGUCGUAAACGUGGCUAGGGAAAAACGGACAGGAGGGUGGCUGCGAGGCUCGGGGAGCUUGAAGUGGCGGGGUUGAGAAACAUGCUUUCAUUCUGUGUCAGGCAUCGAAGGCUCAAGUCACAAAGCCCAUUACAUUAUAUUGUACAUGUAUGGUGCAUAGUAAGAAAGGAAUGCACGCGUCACAAUGGAAAUAGGACAGGAAGUCAACAAUCUAAGGAUG